GCCGAGUAACGGUCGUGGAGCUUGACGCCGCGUAUGUUUUCUGUUCCCCGGGGCCACAGUGUUUUCAACGGGACUCAACUUACUACUAACUGGACCCGCGAUGGCCGCUUGACCCAGGGGCGGCUCGAAAUACCCUCCUCCAGCAAUCGCCACCGUCGACACACAACUUUUCCCAGAUAAAAAACUUUCGUCUUUUGUGUGGUUUUUAUGUCAAGGACUAAGGAUGCAACCCCCACCGAGAAAGGUCCGGGUCACGCAGGAGCUGAAACACACUCAUGCAGAGCAGAUGAGCAGAUUACACAUCAAACACCAGACAGAAUGUGACCUCCUGGAAGACCUGAGGACUUUUAGCCAAAAGAGGGCAGCUGUAGAGAGGGACUACGCCCAGGCCCUCCAGAAGUUGGCCAAUCAGUAUCUAAAGAGGGAAUGGCCCGACAGUCUGACAGAAGAACAAGAAGAUCACAGGAACAUGUAUUGUGUAUGGAGGGCCUAUUUGGAGGGCACGGUCCAGGUCACCCAGUCCAGAAUCAGCGCCUGCGAUAACUACAAAGUCCAGGUUGCCGAUCCAGCCAAGACGGUCAGGCUGCAGAAGGAGCAGCAGCUGAGGAAGUGUAUUGAUCAGCUGACGGUGGUUCAAGCUGAGCUGCAGGAGUCGGUGAAGGAGCUGACCAAGAGCAGGAAGAAGUACCAGGAGGCUGAGACGAUGGCCCAGGCUGUCCGAGAGAAGGCAGAGCUGGACGCCAAGUCCAAGCUAAGUCUCUUCCAGUCCAGAUCCAGUCUUCAGAGGGCGAGCGUGAAGCUGAAAGCCAAGAGGAGCGAGUGCAACUCCAAAGCCACGCAUGCCAGAAACGACUACCUUCUCACGCUAGCAGCCGCUAACGCUCACCAGCAGCGCUACUAUGACACAGACCUCAUCGACUGCAUCAAGAUCUUAGAUGGCAAAAUCUACGAGCAGGUAAAAGAUUACCUGGUCUCACUGUGUCAGACUGAGCUGGAAAGUUCCCAGGCUGUCCACAACACCUUCAACAGCCUCUUGAACAGCUCCAAUGGGGUACUGCAGGAGUUUCACCAGCAGCUGUUUGUACAGAAGAACAUCAUGUUUCAACAAUCCCCGGACUUCUUGUUCCAGCCCAGCGACACAGAUACGGUGAUGCAGCUGCAGAAGGAGAGUGGAACGGCGGAGGAGCACAGCCUGGAUAAAGAGGCGAGGAAAUGGGCGAGUCGCGUGGCCCGAGAAUACAAGAGCGUCAUCCACACUCAGAGGGCCCUGGAGGAAUAUGGGACACAGGAAUCAUCAGAGCAAAACAACAGUGAGCUGGAGACCAAGAUGGAGGUGGCCAGGCAGAGUCUUCGGAGGGCAGAGACGGUGAAAGUGAAAGCAGAGGCCCGUCUGGACUUACUGAGGCAGGCGGGUGUUGCUGUUGAAACGUGGCUGAAGAGCGCCAUGAACCAGGUGAUGGAGGAGCUGGAGAACGAACGCUGGAACAACCUCAAUACUCAUGAUCCUUCACUCUCUGGAACAGCCGACCUGGAGCGAGAGGACGAGGAGGAGAUGGAGGACAGCGGUGAGGUGUUGGACGACAGCAGCUCCAGCCCCUCCAGCACCUUGAAAAACUAUCCUCUCACCUGCAAAGUCCUGUACUCCUACAAGGCGUCUCAGCCGGAUGAACUGACCAUCGAGGAGCAGGAAAUCUUAGAGGUCAUUGAUGAUGGAGACAUGGAGGACUGGGUCAAGGCCAGAAACCGCAGCGGGCAGGUCGGCUACGUCCCAGAGAAAUACCUGCAGCUGCCUUCCUCUAACAGCCUACUGAGCAUGCUGCAGGCUCUGGCCGCGCUGGACGCCAGAUCCCACUCCUCCAGUAACUCCACUGAGCCUGAAACCGAGCUACCAACCGGCUCGGUCAACGGAGACGCCAGCGUGUCAUUUGCGAAGGCGCUGUACGAUUACGCCGGACAAACGGAGGACGAGCUGUCGUUUCCAGAAGGCGCGAUCAUCCGCAUACUGAGCAGAGAGACGCACGAGGACGACGGUUUCUGGGAGGGAGAGUUCAACGGCGUUGUCGGCGUCUUCCCCGCCGUUCUGGUGGAGGAUCUCACCGGCGCCAGCGAGAACGGAGACGGACAAAGAGACGGCAGUGCACAGGCCUCCCCCUCCCCUCUGGCCCAGUGCGACCGAUCCCCUCGCAGUCCCUUCCAGCCGGGGCCUCUCCACAGCAGCCCCCUUCAGACGCCCACCAUGUCCUCUCCUCAGUCGAGUCCCUGCAGCGCCACGGCCUCUCCCAUUGGCCGACCGCCGUCCUAUCACAACGGACACCACAGGCCGCCACCGGCGCCACACAAAAGCCCCUUUCAGAGUCCAGCUCAAGGUUCCCCUCAACCUCCCAAAUAUCCAGAGAGCGGCUCCAGCACCAUUCGACCUGUUCGUGCUGCUCCUCCGCCCCCGAAGCAGCAUCCUCGUGGGCAGGUGAAGCGACGAGAGGAGGUGGAGAUCACGCUGGUGUGAACGGCGGCACCCUGGCGGCGGCGGCGACUCUGUUCAAACCAGCUGGGACUUGGCGGCUUUGUGCCUCUAAACGAACUCCCCAAAGGAACCCGAGGAAACUUUUAAACCCCCUGAAGACGCCUGGAGGACAGAAGAGGCCCUAAACUUUGUCCUCCGAGGGUCAGUGUGCUGUGGAGGAAUAUUGUGCCUUUCAAUUAACUCCUUUAAUUUCCUCUCAGCUGUUCCAUUUCUCUCCUAUUUGACCGAUAAAUAGGGCAGAUAUUGUAAUUAUUGUAAUCUAUUAUUGAUAACGGACAGAAUAUCUGCUAUUAGUAUCUUCGAAUAUCAGUCCUGGUGUUGGUUUUCCACAAUGUUCACGUCUGUCGCUCAUAGUAACGGAUAUAGUGAUAACAGAUAAUGUGAGAAAUUAACAGAGAAGUUAUUAUUUAUUUGUGGAAAUCCACAAUUAAAUAGGUUUAAUAUUCCUUUAACUUUUAAACCAACCAACAAACACAACCAGCAUUCAACCUCAUAAACUUUUCAGCUACUCAAGAACAACAAAAUAAUACUUUAAAAUAAAUAAUAUAUGAAUAUAAAGAUAAUUAUUCCACGUUAAAGUGAGAACGGUUAUUUUCAGCAUUUGUCCAAAAUGGACGAUUCUAUCGUAGCUUAUUAGCUAUUAAACUUCCUCUGUCGGGGUAAAAACACGAGUUAUAUUGAUUAGGGAUGCACAAUAUGGAGGUUUUGUUUCAGUUAAUCAAUAAUUAUCUGCUUCUAGUGGCCGAUACUGACUAGAUAAUAGAUUGUUUCACAUGUUUGUGAUUUAAAAGGACGUUCAUAACCUUUAGUUUCUGUUUCUGUUUAAACUACAUUACGAUUGUUUACACAACAAAAACAAACAGUUCUUUAAUUUGUUCAAUAAUUCAAAAUAAAAGAUUAUUGUCAACCGAUCAUUUAUCGGCUAUACAUUUAAUUAUGGGACUCAUAAUAAACACAUAAUUAUACAUAAUUAUAUAAGUUUACCAUAAUCAGACGAUCCUUAUCCGAGAUAAUUAUUGUGCAUCCCUGAUACUAAUCUCAUUAAACUACUUAAAUUGACUAGACGGAGAUCAAUACCUCGUAAUCACGAGAUAUAAAGUCAGAAUUGUGAGUAAACUGCAUACAAACAUAUAUAUAUAUAUAUAUAUAUAUAUCCAUAUCUUAAAACAUAAUUAUUAAUAUGUUAAAGCAGCAACAAGGAACUUUUAAUGUUGUGUUGCCUCUGGCGGCCCCCUGUGGACAGUAACGGUAGUGUUUCAGCUGCCUCGUUUCAUUGAUUUCAAGGGGAAACCGACCCAGAAUAACUACAUAGAAACAGCCAAUCUUCGGCCGUAUAGAGGCUUCAGUAUUAAACUGUUUGAAUAACCAGUUAAAGUCCUCGUAGAAGGUUUAAUAACUUUCUGUCUCACUAUAUCACUUACUGUGCGGCUCCUCUCGAGCUGUCCGAUUACUUCUAUGCAACAGCGUUAAAAAUAAACUCUGGCGGGACGUCAACGGCAUGUUGUGAACAUGCAGCUUCCAACACAAACCAAAAGUCUGGUUGUCUCCACACUCGAUCAAAAACAAACAAACAAACAAACAAAC